AUGGACGCCCAGCAGCCUCCGGACACGCGCAACGGCGAAACCUCUCCGCCGGUCAACAUAGCCCAUUGGGACAAAUACUUUGAGUCCGAUGCUCCUCCAAGGCUUGGGAUGGAACCUGGGAAGCGCCUUCCUCUCACAUCGUUAGCGGCUUUUGCUGUGGGUGUGGCGAUUGGAUCUUCUCACGGCAGCAAGAUGACGGCCUAUCGAUUCCGCGCCGAAAACGCCCACCGUUUCCCUACCACCUCCAAUGGAUGGUUCCAGUACCAUAAGUCGAAGAACUACGCAGCUGUAGUAGGAGGUGUGAAGGAAGGCUUCAAGAUGGGGUUCAGACUAGGCGGAGGUGCCCUGGCCUUCUGCCUCUUUGAAGAGACCGUUGACUAUGCCCGGAACGACCGGCGGGACUUUUUGUCGACAGUGACAGCAGGAUUAUCCUUUUCUGGAAUCUAUAGUCUAUUAGGUUUGUCGAAACCCCAGUCUUGGAAGGCACCAGCGGACGCUAAUGUCAUUAUUCUUCCAGCUCGACAUGACGUCUACACCGCAGCGCGCACCGUGAAACUUGGCUUGAAGUUGAGUCUAGCAUACGGACUCAUGCAGGAUGGCCUCGAAACCAUGAAAGGGAACCGCCCUGCAUACUUGGAUUUUAUCUUGGGGAACCGCCGACCGAACGCAGAGUGA